AUGUAAUGUAUAUUAAGAGGUAGAAUUCAUAUAUAUAAAUGUAUAAUAUGGAUAAGCUUCAAAAAUACAAUAUGUCUAUAAAUAAAAUUAGCUUAGGUGUAUAGAAUACCGGGAUCAUAGUAUAAUUACUGGAAUUUUAAGGGGUGAAAAGAGAGCUAGAAGGAGGGCUUGUAUUUAAGGGUGAAAAGAGUGAAAAAAGAAAAUUUAAUCGCUAGAAGGGGGGCUUGAACCUCCGACCUUGUGGUUAACAGCCACACGCUCUAACCAACUGAGCUAUUCCAGCUGGAUAUCCAUUUUCAAAUAUCCACAUAUAUAUAUUGUUGCCUCCAACAUUUUUGACCUUUUCCAAAUAUUUUAUAUACAUAUGACACUGUUCCCUCCAACAUUUUUGAAACGCGAAAGCAUAUAUAAUCAGGGGCUGAUUUCAAUUCGAAAAACUCAAGAGAGAAAUGGAGAUGACAGACGAAGCUGCAAGAUCGGAAAUAACACGUCGCUGUGCCAAAGCUGCCUUUCUGCUUCAUUCACUGAAAUCGUCCCCAAAUCGCCACUCAAAGACCUCAAUCAACGGUGAAGACGAGGAGAUGGAUCUAAUGGUGAAACAAAUCGGAGACUUGAAAAUGAAAUUGGCGAGGGAGCGAACUAAGAAUAAGAGAAUCAAGCUUUGCGGGUUAAUGGAGGUGAUUCUUCAGGUCAUGAUGCUGUUGUGCUUCUCUACUCUACUUUUGGUGCUCGCUUUCAAUUCUCCGUCAAAUUGAUCAUGUCCUCUGUUUUUGCUCCCCGCAAAGGUUACAUUGCUGUCGAGAAAACCAAAGCUCCGAUUCUUUAAUUGGUAGCUAUUGUUCCUUUUUACGGGUUAUUGGACUAAACAAUGAAAAGACUAAUCUUUGAGAUAAAAAUAAAAUUGUUAAAGUCAAAAGGUCGGCUUUUUGUUUUUC